AUGUCAACGCCGGCACAAAAAGCAAACCUUGCCCGGAUUAGAGAUAAUCAAAGGAGAUCCCGGGCCCGAAGAAGAGAGUAUCUUCAAGAGCUCGAGCAACGACUCCGAGUGUAUGAGUUGCAAGGUGUCGAGGCGUCCUCGGAGGUGCAACAUGCUGCGCGGAGGGUUGCAGAGGAGAACAGACAGCUCCGUGGUCUUCUCAACCGGCAUGGGAUCAGCGAUGAUUACAUUACUAGUUACUUGAACUCGGGUACAGCAUCGCAGAACGACCCGGCCGCAAUAUCGCACUUCCCCCCCAACACUCACAGCGAUAGUGUCCAAUCCCUUCAGCAGGUUAUAGCACCCCGGAGACCUACAGCUCUCGAUACUGGUGUACCUUACGGCCUCCCUCCGCAGGAAAGCCGUGAACCAUCUAUCGCGAGUGGAUCUACGAGCAGUUCUUCUAUAUGGGAAUCUGGCCAAGCUAUCCAGCCACCUUCAGCAUACACCCGGCCACUUCCCUCCAACGUCCCUACACCAGUACCGAGGCAGUCGAUAACUUCGUCAAUGCAUCCCCAACACUACACCUCUCAGAUGUUCCCUGAUCCUCAAGUUUCACGGACCGAAAGCUACCACGCUAUCGCUACCCCUGGAUCUUUGAUGGAUGAUCCCCGGCGACACAGCUACUCUGUGGCACCCAUGCCUGGGGAUGUCUCCUCAACGAUGGGCUAUAGCAUCCCCAUGAAUUCCUUUCACAACCCUGCAGGACAAGAUGGUGGCCCUUCAGGACCGUGUUGA